CAAACGCGGGGCAGCUCUUCAGCCGGCGAAGAUCCAACCGAAGGCGGCGUCUACCUACGCGGGUCACUUCUCCAGCCGAGACACAAAGGCCGUCCGGUUAUUUAUCGAUUUUAUUAGUCUGUUCUUGUCUUAAAACUAGCACGAUGAGUUCCAUCAAUGUGAAGAAGCUGAAAGUGAACGAACUGAAGGACGAGCUGAAGAAGCGGAAUCUCUCCGACAAGGGCCUGAAGGCCGAGCUGAUGGACCGCCUGCAGUCGGCGCUGGACGAGGAGGCCCUGGUCGGGGAGACUGCGCUCGAUCAAGAUGAGAGCGAGCCACUCGAACAAGAGGGAAUGGGCGAAGAGGAAGAAGGCCCGGUCGAGGAAAGCAUGGAGGCUAACGACGAGGAAGACGUGGAGCCCGAGAAUGAGGGCGAUGGUAAUGGCGUCGAUGAGGAGAUGGCUGAGGGGGAAGAGGAACCCGUCGAGUACGAGGUUGACGAAAUUGAGAAAGAAGCUGAAGCUGAAGCUGACGACGGUGAGCCGGGAGACGACGCGGCCGAGGGGGAUGCGGACAAAGACACGAAUGCUGAUCAGAAGAAUAAGAAGGGUGUUAAGAGACGCCGGGAGGAACAUGGAAGGGGCUACUUUGAGUUUAUUGAAGAGAACAAAUACAGCUGGGCCUCUUUUAAGUCUCCCGCACCCCCUCUUGAAGAAGAAGAUGAGGAGUUUGAUGACACCAAAGUCUGUCUUGACACAUACAACUGCGACCUCAACUUCAAGGUGUCUCGGGACCGCUACAGUGCCUGUUCUCUCACAAUGGAGAGUUUUGCUUACCUCUGGGCUGGCGGAAAGGCCACUUAUGGUGUGAAUGGAGGCAAAGCCUGCUUCGAAAUGAAGGUUACAGAGAAGAUUCCUGUGAAACAUGUUUCCACCAAGAGCAUGGAUAUUCAUGACGUGCAGGUCGGCUGGUCCCCAUCUACGGGCACCCUGCUGCUCGGUGAGGGGGAGAAUUCGUAUGCCUACUCUGGGAAAGGAAAGAAGACAACCAACUGUGUGACUGAGGACUUUGGUGAAACCUUUGAGGAGAAUGAUGUCAUCUGCUGCCUUAUUGAUUUCACCGGCGACGAAGUGGUCAUGUCCUUCUCCAAAAAUGGUGGCGAGCCAGCGGUCGCAUUCACCGUCAGCAAGGAGUCUCUGAACGACCAGGCUCUUUUCCCUCAUGUCAUUUGCCACAACUGCGCUGUGGAGUUCAACUUUGGCCAGAUGGAGGAGCCGUUCUUCCCCCAGGUGGAAGGUUACACUUUCAUGGAACAGAUUCCUCUGGAUGAGCGUGUUCGUGGACUCAAAGGGCCCCAGACCAAAGCCGAUUGUGAGAUUGUUGUGAUGGUUGGCCUCCCAGGAGCUGGAAAGACAACAUGGGUGAAGAACCACGUUGAGGAAAACCCUGGCAAAUACUACAUCCUGGGCAGCGACAGCAUUGUGGACAAGAUGAUGAUAAACAGCCUGAAGCGCCAGUCAAAGGACAUAUCCAAACUCACCACCAUCUCUCAGCGUGCUCCUCUUUUCUUGGGCAAGUUUAUCGAGAUCGCUGCCCGUAAGAAAAGAAACUACAUCCUGGAUCAUACCAACUUGUCCGCUCCAGGCCAGAGUAGGAAGAUGUGCCUGUUCGCCGGCUUCCAGCGUAAAGCUGUCGUGGUGAUUCCCACCGAUGAGGAUUACAAAGAGAGGGUCCAGAAGAAGGUGGAGAGUGACGGCAAGGAAGUGCCCGAGCACGCUGUUCUGAAGAUGAAAGGCUUCUAUGCCCUGCCAGAAGAGGGCGUGAGCUUCAACGAGGUGGUGUUCACUGAACAAACCAAGGAAGAGGCUGCCAAGCUGCUGGAGCAGUACAAAGAGGAGAGCAAAUCGGCUCUGCCUGCCGAGAAAAAGCCCAACCAGGGCAGCAUCACCCCGAAGCGGGGCGGCCUCCAGCGUGGCGGUCUGCAGCGAGGCGGCGCCAGGGGGGGAAAGAACCACUUCAAUCGCGGCGGAAUGAUGGGGCCAAGGGGCGGCAGUCGCGGAGGCUUCCCAAACAGAGGAAACUUCAGAGGAGGUCCCUCACCUCGUGGAGGCUUCAACCGCCCUCCUCGCGGCUUCAUGCCACCUCCCGCAUUCAGAGGUGGCUUCUCCAGCCGCGGCAACUAUGGCCGCGGAGGUCCCCCGCCCAGCAUGGGUGGUUCCCCAAGGGGUGCACCCAUGAGAGGCGGCAUGCUUCCCAGGGGUGGACACAUGAAUCGCGGCGCUCCGAUGAGCAGAGGCAACAUGAGCCGAGGGAACAUGGGCCGAGGGGGGCCUGUCAACAUGAGCCGGGGAGGCAGCAGAGGACAUCCUGGACAGUUCCAGCAGAGAGGGGGUAACCGUGGCAACUUUGGAAACAAAAACGGCAACUUCGGCAACAACAGGAACGGCGGCAACUUCAACAGGAACGGCAUGGACAAGGCGCAGGCCUUCAACCAGAGCUGGCAGCAAGGGUUCUGGAACCAGAAGCCAUGGAGUCAGCAGUAUCAGCCUGGAUAUUACUAAGACUCGUUCUCAUGGACUGGUGGUCUCUUUUCAGGAGCACCAACGGCCACGGAACAGUUUUCUUUUCCAACUUUUCCGGACCCUGUUUUUAAGAUAUUCUAAAAUUCUCGCCAACUGACAGACUUCUGGAGCUCCAACAUUCCACAUACAAGAGCCGACAGAUGACCAGAGCUCAUCCAGUUUUUUUUUUUUUUUUUAAUCCUCUACACUUUAGUCAAAUGGCAUCACUCGUUUUUCUUUUCCCAUUUUAAAUGCUUUUAAAAUUCACCAUUUGUAGGAAACAAAUGUCAUCCUCCGGGAUUUAUUUUUUCAUAUGUGUAUUUUUUUGUGGUGUGUUUUGCUUAUUUUUUGUUAUAAAUUGUAAAUAUGAUUUCCUGCGUAGUUUGUGUGAGAUUGAUGGAAAUGUUUCCACUCAAACCAACCCUCGGCUUCCUGGCUGCAAGCAUGGUAGCUGAUGUUAGUGUCUGAAGUCUGCUGUCAAACAGUCCGAGAGUCAAAGGAAAUUUGUGUUUCGUCAGUCAAACCUGUAAACUAUAGAAUUACAAUAAACAACUGGUUGGCUUUUUUUUUUUCGAGCAUCCUGCCUUAUGACUUCUGAUUCACUUCAAAGGUGUGUAAAAGACCUUUGAACGGGCGCACUGACGCACCACUUGGCGCCUCAUUACUUAACUCUCAUCCCGGCUUUGAUGUGUUUUUAUUGUCGGCCUUUUAAUGCUGUGAAAAGGGCCAUUGAAAGGAUUAAAGUAAGCCAUUUACCAUGCUUCUAUUUAAACAACUGCCCACCACUGAUCUUUUAACUUGAUUCAUGGUCUUAAUUUACCACCAUUUAUUUCUGAAAGAAGUUGACAGCCACUUGCGCUGAUCAUAUCGUAGCAUUAAAUGCCACAUCUGAAGUUGCUUGUUGAGCACAAACGCAGUGGAGUACAACACGGGCCAUUAUCACCAGCGUUACAAAAAGGGCUACAGUGUUGCAUCAAACUUCUAUGAUUGUACAUGGGUUAAACCAGGACGUUGAUGUUGGCCCGACAACAGUGGCAGCUCCUUCUGCUCGUGUGGGACUCGGCUGCAAAUAAAGGUUCACCAAAUCAAAUCCAUUUCCAUCAAACUAAUGUAAACAAGAUCCUGCACGAAUGUCCUUGACUGUAUCCUGUGUUGUGAUUGAGAAGUGUUAGUUUGCCCGAGUACUGCUUUGUGAAGGUCUGCUAUUCCAAUGUUUUUAUUUUUUUGAUGCUUUAAGCUUUUACUUUACAGCCAAACCUGUACAAACCGCCAAUCCCUAUUUCUAAAAUCUCAGUUGCAGAUUGUACAUCAGGUCUUUUAUGAUUAAACGAUGCAAAUGAA